AUGAAAGCAUCUGAAUUGCUCUGGCAAUUUUCACAACCGGAAAAUAACCCAGAAGCUUUGACACAAAUGGAUAAUAGUCAAAUUGAGAGUCACAGUAGGAGUAAUUAUAACAAUCAAGUUAUUGAUAAACAGUUAUUGGUGUCAGAAGUAAAUGAUACUAUUAAAUUAACUAAAAAUAAUUAUGAAAGUAUUAAUGUGGCAUGGGAUUGGCAGACAAGUGCUCUAGUAUUAGCUGUUUGUGCUUGUAUUAUUUUCUUUAUUGUUGCUGGAUGUUCGGCAAUUAUUUACGUUAGACAAUGGAGACGAAUGAAACGUAAUUUUGAACCAGAUCGGAAACGAGACACUCGAGUGGUAAUACCAACCGGAUGGCCGGAAAUAGGGGGAAACCUUUACAUAGAAGAGACUGCCGGAGAAUCAUCAUCAUUAUCGCCAGCAUCGCCGAUAAAUAAAUCCAAACAAUUGAAACAAAUUCAGCGCAACAUUCAGAAUAUUAUUGCUCAGAAAUCACAAUUUAAUUGUUAA